UCCAUAUUUCUUUUUAUUACAAUAACAGUUUAUACAAAGUUCAUAUCUCUUAUUAUAACAAUGUUUAAAUAUAAUAAAAUAUAAAUCGAAAAAUGGCAACUUACACUACUGUUCUUGAUCUUGGAGCAUACAACAACAAAUUAGGAAAUGUACAAGAUUAUGAACCAAGGAUAAUACCAAACUAUAUUUCAAAAGCGAAGAAUGAAAGAAGAAAAAUUUUCUUUGGGGACCAAUUAUAUGAGUGCAAAGAUUUUUCUGGUUUAUUUUAUGUUUUGCCAUUUCAAAAGGGUUAUUUGGUAAAUUGGGAUGUCCAACGUCAGUUAUUUGACUAUAUGUUUAAUAAAGAUUUUUUAAAGGUAGAGGUUUCAGAUUCGAACUUGAUUAUUACAGAACCACAAUUUAAUUUUACCUCUAUCAAGGAAUGUCUUGAAGAAAUAUUAUUUGAAGAAUACAAGUUUAAUUCAAUAUGUCGAAUAACAACUGCUCAGUUAUCAAGUUGGCAACAAAAAAAAGAUAAAACAGAAAAUCAUAUGUGCUGUUUAGUUGUAGAUUCUGGAUUCUCAUUCACUCAUAUAGUUCCAGUAUAUAAAGGACAAGUACUAAAGAAAGGAGUAAGGAGGAUAGACGUCGGGGGAAAGUUGUUAACUAAUCAUCUAAAAGAAAUAAUAUCAUAUAGACAGCUGCAUGUAUUAGACGAAACAUUUGUGAUGAACCAGGUUAAAGAAGAUUGUUGCUAUGUUACCAAUCAAUUUCUUGAAGAUUUAAUUAUUACAAAAAAAAAGAAAAAAGAAAAUACUAUUGCACAAGACUAUGUGCUUCCUGAUUAUACCGAUGUAAAACGUGGCUUCAUUCGAUCACAAGAAGACAUGUGGACCAAGUACACUGGCACUUCACAGUUGCUACGGAUGAAUAAUGAAAGGUUCACUGUUCCUGAGUUGCUUUUUAGGCCAAGUGAUUUAGGGAUUCAACAAAUGGGAAUACCAGAAGCAAUUGUAGAUGCAAUAGAAUCUCUUCCUCUUCCAAUGCAUCCUCACUUUUAUGCAAAUGUUGUAUUGACUGGUGGAAAUACCCUGUUGCCUGGUUUUCAAAAUCGAGUUUACACAGAUUUGCGAUCAAUGGCUCCAAUCGAAUUUGAAGUUGAUGUACAUCUACCUAAAAAUCCUGUUACUUACGCGUGGCAUGGUGGUACAGUAUUAUCUGCGGAAGAAGAUUUUGUUCAAAAAUAUUGCGUCACGAAACAAGAAUACGAAGAAAGUGGUAGAUCAAUAUGUAACAAAAAGUUUGAUUCAGAGGUUUAUAUAGCUUUAUAAGUUGAUCUUAUAAAAGGAAUCGCUUGAUUUAACAUGUAUACAUAUACAUAACAUGUAUGGAUAAGAUAGUAUAUGAAUAAA